GAUGCUUCUAGUAAUUUUUACACUUUACCUCGUUUGGAAAAGAAAAAACUAGUUAGGGUCCUACCUCGGAUCGGAGCAAUGCUUUUUUCGCCGAUUUGGUGCGACGAUCUUCCUCUCCCAUUGCCGAUCUUCCUCUCCCAUCUCCGAUCUUCCUCUGCCGCAGCUUUUUAGCUCCUCUUCUGAAACAGAUUUUGGGCCGAUAGAGAGACAGAGGGAGAAGAUGUGUGGAAUAUUUGCUUACCUGAAUUAUAGUGUUAGCAGAGAGAGGCACUACAUCCUAGAAGUUCUGUUCAAUGGUCUCCGACGCCUAGAGUAUCGCGGCUAUGAUUCUGCCGGAAUUUCUAUCGAUGCAAAUUCCAAUUAUUCCACUGCCCCUCUCGUCUUCCGGAAGGAGGGCAAUAUUGAAUCACUUGUCAAAUCCGUCUACAAUGAUGUUGCAGCUACAAAUCUAAAUUUGGAAGAAUCAUUUUCUGUUCAUGCUGGGAUAGCACAUACUAGAUGGGCAACCCAUGGGGAGCCAGCUCCUAAGAAUAGUCAUCCUCAGUCAUCUGGCCCUGGAAAUGAUUUCUUGGUUGUUCACAAUGGUGUCAUCACUAAUUAUGAGGCACUGAAAGCGACUCUGAUCAGGCAUGAUUUUACCUUUGAAUCAGAAACAGAUACGGAAGUGAUUCCUAAGCUUGCAAAGUAUGUAUUUGAUAAAGCUAAUGAAGAAGGUGAUCAAAGUGUGACAUUCAGUCAAGUUGUACUUGAAGUAAUUCGACAUCUUGAAGGAACGUAUGGUCUCAUAUUCAAAAGUCGUCAUUAUCCAAGUGAGUUGAUUGCUUGCAAGCGUGGUAGUCCACUUCUUCUUGGUGUAAAAGACUUAGAACAAGAGGCUGGAGUUGGAGCAUCAUUCAGUGAUCCUAAAUUUCUCCCAAACAAUGGGGAACCUAAGGAGUUAUUCUUGUCCAGUGAUGCCAAUGCUUUGGUUGAACACACAAAGAAGGUCUUGGUCGUUGAGGACGAUGAAGUCAUUCAUAUCAAGGAUGGAGGUUUUACAAUUUAUAAGUUUGAACAAACAAAAAAGCAUGGUGGCACUCUUGCCCGGCCUGGCUCUGUUCAACGUGCCUUGUCCAUUCUUGAGAUGGAAGUGGAGCAGGUAAAUAAAGGAAAAUAUGAGCAUUAUAUGCAAAAAGAAAUUCACGAGCAGCCAGAGUCUUUGACAACUACAAUGAGAGGGAGGCUUAUACGUGGAGGAUCAAGUAAAGCCAAAUCUGUGCUGUUAGGGGGCUUGAAGGAUCAUCUCAAAACGAUAAGGAGAAGCAGAAGGAUCGUUUUCAUUGGGUGUGGCACAAGUUAUAAUGCAGCUUUAGCUGCAAGAUCAAUUGUGGAAGAACUUUCUGGCAUUCCCGUGACAAUGGAGAUUGCAAGCGAUUUAGUUGACAGGCAAGGGCCAAUAUACAGGGAAGAUACAGUUGUCUUUGUUAGUCAGUCAGGAGAAACUUCUGAUACCUUGCAAGCGCUAGAUUAUGCCUUGGGAAAUGAUGCAUUAUGUGUUGGAAUCACAAAUACUGUCAGUAGUGCAAUAGCCAGGAAAACUCACUGUGGUGUGCAUAUAAAUGCAGGAUGUGAGAUUGGUGUGGCCAGUACUAAGGCAUACACAAGCCAAAUUGUAGUGAUGGCUAUGCUGGCACUUGCAAUUGGAGGGGACACACUUUCGAAUCAAGCAAGAAGAGAAGGAAUAAUUGAUGGGCUAUUUGAGUUGCCUUCAAAAGUUAAAGAGGUGCUGAAGCUUGACCAGGAAAUGAGAGAUCUCGCUGAGCUGCUGAUUGCUGAGCAAUCACUGCUUGUGUUUGGGCGAGGUUAUAACUAUGCCACAGCACUUGAAGGUGCCUUGAAGGUUAAGGAAGUGUCUCUGAUGCAUAGUGAAGGGAUCCUUGCUGGUGAAAUGAAGCACGGCCCUUUAGCUUUAGUUGAUGAAAAUCUCCCUAUUCUUGUGAUCGCCACUCAUGACGCUUGUUUUAGCAAACAACAAUCAGUCAUUCAGCAGCUCCAUGCCCGGAAAGGUAGAUUGAUAGUUAUGUGUACAAAAGGAGAUGCAGCAUCUGUUUGUGUUAGCGGAUCAUGUCGUGUCCUUGAGGUUCCUCAUGUUGAGGACUGUUUGCAGCCCGUAAUUAACGUAAUCCCAUUGCAGCUAUUGGCAUACCAUCUAACUGUUCUUCGCGGAUACAAUGUUGACCAACCUCGGAAUCUAGCAAAGAGUGUCACAACGGAGUAAACAUUCCAAUGUCACCAAAAAACCUUUUGGAUUUCUGCAACUGUAUUGUUAUUUAUAAGCAAUUUGUUAUAGAGUCAGGAUAUCUUCUUGCCUGGAUUUUGUAUUCAUUUACAGUGAUUUUUUAAUCAAGCGCGAAUUUUUUUAUAUUCUAUUGUUUAGCUGAAUUGGGCUCUAAUUUAUUUAAUAGAGUAUCAUUAUUUGAAACUAGCCCCUUCAAAUUGGCUCAAGAUGUGAUAGCGGCCAGAUUAGUAAGGCGCCAAGCUCCAAGGUAUGCCAUCGAAGAUGAGAAACUAAACAAGAAGCCGUAUAACGGCCCAUACAGUAUAACAAGGAAGAUGUCUUGCACGGCUAUUUCUUGCCUGGCAUGGUUAGGGCUUGUGCCGAACACGUCAAGAAAUGUCUAGUGUGCCA